AUGGCCCCCGGCCCUAGAGCAGUCGGCCGGCCGGCGGGGAGCCCCCCGGGGAGCCGGCUCACCAUCGUGGCGGCUCUGUGUCUGUUGCAUGGGGGGCUGUGGCGCUCCGGCGGCCGCUCGCCGGGACUGAUGAGUGACUGCAGCCCGGCCCGGAGGAAGAUCUGCCGGGGGAGGCGGAGGAGGAUGGCGGCGGCGGGGCCGGUGUGUAAGUGUCCCCGGACCCGGUUGCCCGUGGGGGGAGCCAGUGCCUUGUGUGUCUUUGUCCUUUGCUGGCUCUACAUCUUCCCCGUGUACCGGCUGCCCGACGAGAAGGAGGUCGUGCAGGGGGUGCUGCUGCAGCAGGGCAAGGCGUGGAGGAGCAACCAGACCGCAGUCACCGGCUUCAGGAAACAGCUGGAAGACUGUUGUGACCCUGGUCAGCUCUUUGCUAUGACAAAACAGAACUCUCCGCUGGGAAAGAACCUCUGGUUUGAUGGGGAAUUUUUACAUUCCGUCACUAUUGACAAUGCAACUUACUCCCUUUUCCCACAGGCUACCCCAUUCCAGCUCCCAUUGAAGAAAUGCUCCGUGGUGGGAAAUGGUGGGAUUCUGAAGAAGAGUGGCUGUGGCAGACAAAUAGAUCAAGCAGAUUUUGUCAUGCGAUGCAACCUUCCUCCUCUGUCAAGUGAAUACAGCAAGGAUGUUGGAUCCAAGACCCAGCUGGUGACGGCUAAUCCCAGUAUAAUUGAGAAAAGAUUCCAGAAUCUGCUUUGGUCUAGAAAAACCUUUGUGGAUAGUGUUAAAGUCUAUAACCAUAGCUACAUCUAUAUGCCAGCCUUCUCUAUGAAGACAGGGACAGAGCCAUCCCUACGGGUUUACUACACCCUGGAGGACUUUGGUGCCAACCAAACGGUGCUCUUUGCCAAUCCCAACUUCCUCCGUGACAUUGGCAAGUUUUGGAAGAGCAGAGGAAUCCAUGCCAAGCGGCUUUCAACAGGUCUCUUCCUUGUCAGCGCAGCCCUAGGUCUGUGCGAAGAAGUAACCAUUUAUGGCUUCUGGCCUUUUUCAGUGGACCUGCAUGGGAGGUUUAUCAGCCAUCAUUACUAUGACAAUGUGUUGCCUGAUUCUGGGUUCCAUGCCAUGCCAGAGGAGUUUUUACAGCUCUGGUUUCUUCAUAAAAAUGGUGUAUUGAGAAUGCAGCUAGAACAGUGUGAGGCCCCUUUACUCCAGUCCUCUGCUUAAGGACCAUAAGGAAAGGCAUGGAGGAGCCUCUUUGUUUUAAUUUUCAUAUUCUCCAAAAAGAAAAUUAAAAGAGAAAGGGGGAAAUAUUUAUGGAUUUGCAGAGGUCUUAAAGAUGCUACUUGUUCCAUUGAUAAUGUGAAGGCCAAACAAGAGACACAUCCUUACACACAGUGUUUUGGAGAAAUAAGUAGCUCUCAUGGAAUUCAUUCUGCAUAAUUAUGAAAUUACUAUUGGAAGCAGCACCCCUGAACCUGAUUGGUUCCCAUUUGAAAAGAUCAAUUUAAAAGGGGCAUUAAGGAUUGGACAGAGGCUAACUGUGCUAAAUACUACUCGCUGUUGAAAGUCCUUUUAAUUCCAGAUUAGCACGACCCCCUUUCUUGCCUUCCUUUCUUACUACCUUCCUUCAAGCCAGGAGUGCUGAAUGUCACCAGCUCCCAGUGACUUCAGGGGAUGGAGCUGAGGGUGCUUAGACUCUGGUGAAACCAUGCCCAAUUUUUGUAAUCCCUAAAUAUUGGAAAAACCCCACCUAACCAGAGUAUUUAGCAGUGAUAGUCCAGAACUCUGCAGUUUACAACCAUGUUAAUGUAGCAUUAUGGACUAGAGAUGAUUGAAAAAUGGAAAUACAUUUUAAUGAAAUGCUGGCAAAUUCUUCGGGAAAUGUUGAAGCUAAAAACAAUUCAAGUAGCUUGGUUUUGGCCUAUUGUUGUAGAAUAGUAAGUUUUGUAAUAAGGGCUGCUCUUGACCAAUUUACUGUAUGUUCUUUGAGUCUCAUUCUGUAUUCCUUCUUACGUCAAAUGCUCACUGAUCUCAAUGGGAGUUUGAGGCGCACAAAGGUAUGCAGGCCCAAGUUCUUAAUUUACUUGUACUGCAGAUGGUACACAGUGAGUAUAGGUGUCUUUUAAAAUUUGUUUAAACACUGAAAAUCCUUUUUCCUUGAAGUCAUGUUUUGUUUGUGCGAUUAGAUCCCUUCCUGUCUAUAUUGCAAUGCUGGCCGUAAAGUCUUAUUUUUUAUUUUUCUCUCUAGAUCAUCUCUGGUCCAAGAUAUUGUUUGGGAAAAAACAACCAGCCUUUGGGAGCACUCUUUAAAAACUACAUAGUGAGCAAAGAGUAAAUGUCCCUGUCAGGUGCUUACAUAACACAGUCACUCUCCUUGAAAUCAGUGAGUUAUGUAAGUCUGUACAUUUCACUUAGGCUGUUCUAGCCUUUUCAUGGCUUCACAGACUGUUUUCAUUUUGUUUAUUCCUCAGCUGGCCCAUGGUCCUGGAACCUUUCUAAUGCACUGUAAAUUAGUACUCUUAUUUUUAGGACUGUGACAAAAAUAAAAUAGCGGAACGACAUCUUUGUCACAAUUUCGGCUGCAAGAUUAGCCUUUUAAAUUCAGAUCUGCAUCCUUGUUGCUCUCUGCUCCAUCACUAGCAGCUACAAACUGUCAAAACAGCAAUGGUUUUUUGGGGGAGGGGGGAAAGAGGGUAUGUCCUGUCAUGCUUUGAUGUUUUUAUUUUUAGUGUCAGCUGCCUGCAAUAUGGAAAUAAUAAUUUAAAAAAUCCCUCAAAUGUCUGUGUAGGACAGAAACAGAGAAAUCUUCACACUUCUGAAAUUUUUAACUGUACAUUUCAGAAUAAAAUCAUUUUAAGUAUUAAUAUUCCAGAACAUGAAAUGGGCAUCGUUAUUUAGGUUUACAGUCCUAAAAGAAGGUGGGAGAUUAUUUGGAUUACAUAGUGUUUUAGAAAUUUGUAUGAUCAAAUUUGACUCGGUUCUAUGUUUUGCUUUAUCUUUGUCUAUAUUAAGAAGGUACAAUCAACAAAUCUGAUAGAAUGCUGCAUAACCUGGUAAUUCUUUCAUCAUGGACCUGUUCAUUUUAUUUAUGCAAGGGUAUUCAGUAAGGAAGGAUUUCAGAGAAUCAAAUAAUUUCUUUACUGCAAACUGUAGCAAAUGUUACUGAGCUGUUUUUUUCUUGGACCAGAAUAGAUAGCUGUCGUUUUAUUGUACAUGUCAGGACUGCCAAGUAUUUCUUGAGAAACUGCUGUCUGUAGGAACGUUAAACAGUUUGGAAUUCUGUUCUCCCGUGCUUUGGGGAAAUAAUCUGAUCAGGGUCAUGAGAAAAUCAGUAUCUUCACUGGAAAACUUAAUACGGUGGUUUGUACCUUAUGGCUUGGAGAUACUGAUGGGAUCCUCAGCAAUUCUCUCGUACAUGGGGGACAUCCCAUUCUCUCUCUUUUUAUUAAAGCAGCAGACUUACUGAAUCUUUUCCUAAUAAUCAUUAUGGGUCCUUCCUGACAUUUGAAAUCUAUCAUACUGAAUCCUGAGAGAUCUCCUAUAAAAUGCUGAGGGAACCAGGGAGGCCCAAGGUACACUUAAAAUCUUCAUUCCUAUACUGGGACUAUUAACCAGUUCUCGCUGUAUUCCCUAUUUAAGAAUAAGGAAUAUUGCUGCACUCAGUAAUAUCUCUACCCAUAAAUUUCUAAAGGCUUAUCUACAUGAACAUUUAGUUCACGACGAGCUGGCAUGUGAAUCUAUCCCCUGCUAACCCAAUGCACACUAAGUGUCCACCUAGACCCUGCUGCAGUGCACUAAAAACUCCCUCGUGUGCUUUUGAUCUACCCUGAAGCAUAAUUAAAGUUCAGAAUUCCAGAUACAGACUUCCUUUUUUAGGCUGCAUGGGUUUGUUUGUGUUUUUGUAGUGACCAGGCAGAAGGCUGGCAUGUUGCGGGAAAAGCUACCUGUCACUGUCCCCAUGGUUGCUGCAGCUGCUGUGUGGGAAGAGAGUACAGGUUUAUAACUGAAAGGGAAGUCAUGCCACAAUGAAGAAGUUGUUGAAAUCCUAGGUCCCCCCUCAUAUAUCACCUCCAACAAGCUAAUAUCCUGUGUUAGUGUCUCCUUCAUGAAGGCAACUUCAAGCUUUAGGUAGAUGGUGGUGAUGAAGAAGAAAGCAUUCCACCCUUCUUCCCCUAGAUAACUACACUAUGUCUCUGCAGCAAGAGCGCUCUUGUGGUUAGAAGAAUCUUGUUAGGCCAUUGCACUUGGUAUUGGAAAAAGUGAGGGCCUCCUAGUCACACAGUUUGGCUCAGUUGGUGAGGUAUGAGAGAGCUCACAUAGAGUUCCUGUCGAUGCCACUACGGAUUAAGUGUAGACUCUCUCUCUAAGGAACUCUCUUUAAGUUUCUUUAAAGUUUCAGUAGUUUGUGGUUUUGGGAAAUAGGACAACAUAACUUCAGAGUCACAAAACAAACUUCUCCUCUUGGUUCUGCAGAGAGGAACUCUAUUGCAGGGGUCGGCAACCUUCGGCACAUGGCCCAUCAGGUAAUCCGCUGGUGGGCUGUAAGACGUUUUGUUUACAUUGACUGUCUGCAGGCACGGCUGCCUGCAGCUCCCAGUGGCCGCGGUUUACCAUUCCCAGCCAAUGGGAGCUGUGGGAAGCACUAGUCUGGCACUAAAAACAAGCUGCAGUGCAGUCUGAGUCUUGUUUUUUCAGAUAAUCUGUAUAAAUUUACAGUACAAGUUAUGCAGAUCUACUGUUUUCCUAUUUAAGGGCCUGAUCCAAUGCCUACUAAAGGCAAAGGGAGUGUUUCCAUUGACUGCAAUGGGCAUUGGAUCAGGUCUGAAAUAUAUAAAGUGGAGAACAUUUUAAAGUGUCAUAAUAACAAUAUGAACCUUUAUUUCUAGCUCAUGUUUUCCAUCAUUUUCUUUGCUAUUUCAUCUAGAUAUCAGAGUACGCUUAUAAUGAAUAUCCCCAAAUUCUCCCAGCAUCCCUUUUGUAAGCUGUAAUGUUUUGGACCACUAGUCUACAGUAUUGCAGUAUGUAUUGUAAAGAAUAUUUGGGAUAGCUUCAUUUUAGCUCAUUGCCGCCUUCUGCUUGAGUCUGCAAUUAGUCAACAAGAAGUUUAUAACAUCACAGUCAUGGCUCUGGGAAUAGACUGUGAUGUCACAGAUGCACCACUAUAGGCUUCAUUCACUCCACUGGAUAGGUGACAUUUGCACUGCUGCCUUCACCCAGUAAUUUCUCCAUGGGAGGACAGGUUAAAUUGUUGCUGGGGUGGUGUGGGAGUCCUGUUGGCAAAUACUUCCUGGGAGAUGUGCUGAAUUUGGCAUAUCCUCAGAGUGCUCUGGCCAUGCCACUGUGUCCAGUGCCAUCCAUUUUUUCGGCUAUGUUGCCUACCACUAUGGCCCUUUAUGGAAUGAUGGCUCUGGAUGCCAUGUGAUGCUGUUCCUUUCCUCCUUCUGUACAGACUUUCCUUCUCUGGAUGCCCAGGAAUUAAUCUCUCUGAGAGAUUUCCUUGUCAUGUCUGGGUUCACUAAGGAGUAAAGGUUUUCUAAAGGAAUCCUCCACUUUUUUUCUUGUCCAGUCACCUUUUGUUUUUCCAAACUCCUUUUAUUAUGAUUUUCGAAAUCAGUCAAAAGACUGAUAUAUCAGUCUUUUCACUAAUUUUUAAAAUAAUAAUAAUAAAAUGAGUUUGGAAAAAUAUAUACAUAAAUACUUGCCAUUUUCAAUCAUACCUUUUUAUAAAUGAUGUUACCAACUAACCAAAGGCUGGAUUUUGGUGAUAAAGGUCCAAAUUCUGUGCUGACUUACACCCUGUAAAUAUGAUUGGAGCAAAUGGAGAAUUUGGCUACAAAGUAGCAUGUAUUGAGACUGGGUUUCAUAGAGGAUAUUAUUUUAAAAUAAUUUCUAGGUGAUUUCUGGGGAAUUACAUAUAUAUUUUUGUAUUAGUUUUAAAUUUCUUGCCAGCAUAAAACAUUAAAAUAGCUGAAAUAAUGUUUUGUCACUAGGACUGCUCUUUGGCAGUUGACAUCUGGCAUUUGUACAGUGAAUGCUUUAAAAAUGUAAUUGAAACAGGAUUUUGAUAGUUGAAAAUUAUGAAAUUACUAACACAUUUACUAGCCUGUUUAAUAAACGUGAACUGGCAAAUGUUCCUAAAAGAACCUCAAAUAUCAAAAGGAAGUUAUACUUACUCCCUUCUUUUUAUACAUGCUGUACAACUACUGGAAAACAGAAUAUCAUUUGCUAUCUGAUUCUGUUAAUUGUUUUCACUGGGGUAUAUUGAGCCCUGCUAGGACUAUCUCCAAAAUGGUGGACUUUUGAAAAUAAAAAGUAAUAACAUGUCUAAAGAAGCUGUGGUAUAGUAUCUCCAACCAGCAAACCACAUGGGGCACUCCGUGAACAUCAAAACAGCAUUCCUUGUUCUCUCCACAACAGUGUGAAAAUAUUUGGCCUGAUUCAAAGGGAGUUUGGGGUAAUUGCAGCCUCAGGAUGGCACCAUACAAGCCCCGCUUCCAUUGAGUGCUUCUGGGAAUUGGGAGGUGACCUUAGUGGCUGGAGCUAGUCCCACUUUCACCACACCUCUACAACCAGCAUAUUAUACCAGAUCCUAAUUUACCACCAGUAUUAUAAAGUAUACAGCGACUUCAAGGUUAAUGUAUUUUUUGUUGUGUUGACUUUCAAAGAUGUUAAGAAACCACAGCUCUUCCUGAGAUCAAUAGGUGAGGUAGUGGCUUAUCACCUAUGAAAAUUAGCUUCUUUGUUGCUCUGAAGCACUUCUUGAGACUGAGACAAGUAAGGAUUUUCAUCUCAUUUAAAUAAUUAGGAGUUUUGCCUAUUGGAUUGGGGCCUCUGUAUGCAAAAUGCCAUGCAAAGGAUAAUGGAAAACCUGCAUUGUUCCCCUGGGUGCAAUGUAAAAGCUGAACAAUUCAAAUGUUGAUCAAAGAUAACUUCUCUUCUGUCGUCCUGAUCCUCCUUCCCUAGCACUGUCUUGCAGUAGCAAAGAAAGAUUCCAGUCAGGAUUGUAGUGGAGUUAAACAUAUAUGAUGACACAGUAAGGCAAUGGGGCAUAAGCAGAUGCUUAAAUGCUUUGCUGAAUCAGGGCCUAAAUUAGUCAAAGACUACCAGCUGUCCCUUCCUCCUCAGAGCAGUUAACUUCUCAUCUCCUCAGCAAACAUCACAGUGGCACCACAACAGCUAAGAAAGAUGCUCAAAAGCAUUUCGGUAAGGGGCUGAUCCAAAGCCAAUGUUCCAUUGACUUCAGUGGGCUUUGGUCCAGGCCCUAACUCUAGAAAUAGUGACAGUCACACUGGAAAAAAUUCAGGUUUAAUUAGCUAGAACUGGAAAUUUGCAAGAAAAAGCUUGCAUGUGAGAUUUCAUGUCCUUUCACUAUCAGUCAAUCUCGAAAUACAGAUAGUGAUGCAGAGAGAGGGGCACGAUUACCUCAGAGCCACAAACUUCUCCUUUCUACUCCCAGUUCUGACACUGACCUGCCUCUGUGCUUGGGUUUCCGCCCCCCGGAAUAUGGCAAUAAUAUUUUACCUGCCUUAGAGGUGUUCGAAGCAUUAAUUAGUUGAUGUUUGUGAAGUGCUUUAAAAAUGAAAAUCACUAUACAAAUGACUGAUUUAUUAUUUCAGCACUUCCAUUCAGAUCAGAUCCAGGGAGUGCAAUGGCAAGAAUUAACUAUUUUGAAAAUUUAAAAAGUUGGUUGACAUUUUUGUGGGCAAUUUAGAUAGUUCCUAUUUGAUAACAGCCAGUUCACCCUUCCUGGUUAAGAACCACCCUCACUUUUAGGGUACAGUGAGGAUACUGCCUUCAGACUGUCAAAGAUUUUAAGAGACCAUAUGGAUUUUCCACCCUUCUCAGCAAGUGAAUGUUUUUGCUUUUUAAUGGAAAAAAGAAAGUCCAAAUAAAACACAGAAGCAAAUUAUGAGCUAGAUUCUCAGCUGGCAUAAAUCAUUGUAGCUCCCUUCAUUUGAAUAGAGCUAUGCAGAUUUCAACCAGCUGAGGGUCUGGCUGUACAGUUAUAAAAUUGAUGGAAAUAAGCCUACAAAUCUUUCAAAUUCAUAUGUUUUUAAACUAUUCUAAGAUGAUGCUAUUUAGUUAAAGGUACUUUUCUGUAAACUAGUUGUUUUCCAUAAAUACAUAACACAAGUGGCUCCUUUGGAUGGCUGCAACUGUGAAGUUGGUUGCAACUGUGAAGCAGACAUGUUAUUGCAAUUUACAAUUCUGCCACAUCAAGGUAUGAUAGUGCAAAACCAAAUCAUACUUUGAGUGGGACAGGAUGUGUUUUCCAAUAUGAGACCCUAUUUCAAUAUAUAUGUAAAAUAAAUGGAGCAUACAAUAUUCUGUGUAUUCAAGUACUGUAUAGUGCAUGGGGUGAAAAAAAAGUUAAAAAUAAAGUUUCUAUGAACCAAGUAAAAAGACGAAAACCUUUAUCAUAGCAAUGAAGAUUUACCAAUAAAUACCUGUUUCACAGAAAUACAUACCUUCCAAAGAGAGAUUGUCUCUGAUGAAUUCAAAUCAUGCAACUGUUUUCCAGUCAUUGUCAAAAGACUUUGUUAGACUUUAAUGAGGCAAUUAUAGUUUUUUCUAGUACCUAACUGCUUGCUUUUGGGCGAGGGGGGGGAGGGUUUCCCCCUUUUCUGGUCACUUUUGCAUUCGAUAAACUCAUUGUUUAAGAAGUUCUUUCUGUAAUUUAUAUCAAAGGUCCAAUUCUAAUCUCAGAUGCUACUUGUCUUGAAAACGUAGUUGCUGUUUGUUCUUCCUGUGCUCUGUGCCAUUUCUCUUCAUCACAAUACUAAUGUACGGUCAUAGACACUGAACCUCUGGAAUUAGUUUUGAUCAUUGAGUACCAGUGUUCAUCAGGAACUAGAAAAUAGACUGGCUGUAACAUAGUCCUUGGUUUUAGCCUCGACUGAGUGCAAUGAAAUAGUGAAUCUGUAUAAUAAUCAUAAUGCACUCACAGUCAAUGGGGCAUCAGUGAAAUGCAAGUCAAUUUCAAAAGUUCUGGGGAAAAGAUCUAGGCCUCCUUUAUAAACCUGACUUAACGAUAGUCUAUAAUACUGCAAAGGGAAAAACGUUGAUUAUUAUUGUAUAGCUCAUCAUAAUUCCUAUCCAUCCUCUGUCCUGUACUAUUCUAGUUACCUUUCCUGGUUUUAUUGUAUAUUUUUCUACUCUUGGCAUCUUUUUUCUUCUCUUUGGGUCUCUUUUAUUUUGCAUCAGUCUCUGCAUGUACCUCCCUAGGUCCUUUGUGGAAAGCCAUGUUUCAUAGACAUCGUAAGCGUGCUGCCGAGUUUUUAAUGUGUGUAAAGUAUCUGUGUGGAGUAUAAUAUAUGAAAGAAAUAUUUUCAUAAUUUUUCACGUGUGAGUUUAUAUAUGUUGUAUAUGUGUCCAAUAGAUAAAAUAUAUGCUGUUUAUACACAGUAGAUGCAUCUUAGAAAGCUUCUACUGAUCUAAAGAAGAUAACCAACAAUUCUGCAUUUUGUAUAAAUUUGAAUUCUGUCGUCCACUGAGAUCCACAUGGCACAGGAACAGAAGGAGUCAAUUACUGCUACCUGAUUCUCUGACUUCCCCAGCAUAAGUUCUGCGUACCCAACGACUAGUCUUAUUUAUGACAACCAGCAAUAGAUCCUAGACUAUUCAUACACCAGCUGCGAAUUAGCAGAGCUGCACUCUUGUCCAUCCUUGCCCUUUCCUUUCCUGACAUCCUCCCUGUGCCAGAGUGGAGAGGCAGUUGGCAUAGGAACUGGCUUGGCCAGCUUUACAUCUGUGGAGCUCUCUAAGGAAUUCCGAUCCAGCCAGCUGUGACUCGAUUCUGGGUUAUUUGUGCUACUAAGGGAGCACCAUGUGGUCAGAACUGAGUCAGAGAAUCUGGCUCAGGGAAUAUCCCUGAAACAGUUUUGAUUCUUUCAAAACAGAAGAAACUUAAAGUGUAGCAGUCACAUGGGGACUACAAAUAUUUUUUGUUAAAAGUGGGGCUGAAGAAGAUUCAAAGCAUUCCCAUGUGUUUCCAGAUGCUUAAAAAUCAAGAAGUCUAUUAUAUGGCCGAAGUGCUGAAAACCAUGAACCAGUACCCAGUAUAGCACAGAAAUGCAACAAAUUUUCAGUCAUUCAGAGACCUAGAUUUUUGUUUAUUUUGCAUUUGAAGAAUAAGCACUUAUUCCUAAAUCAGAAAAAUGAGAUCUGCAUUUGUAAGUCAUUUUCUACUUUCCCCGAUUUUAAACAGGAGUAGUAGUGACAUGUAAUCUCAUGGAAAGUAAGGCUUCUAAAUUGUUCAGUUAGAUAUAUGUACAAUAUCUUUUCUUUACGCUUGUGUUUUGUAAUGUGUCACUACUGAUUUCCUCUGGCUAUCACUGAAGGCCCAUGGUGAAAAACAAACGGGGCAGAUUAAAGGUGCCUAGUGAUUUUUUUUAAAAAAAAAUUAACAUAAAAGAAAUCGUAGCAAACCACUUUAAUAAGUAAAUGUGAAAUUUAGCAUGUCGAUGAUGAUGAUGAAUGUAUAAGAUUGCACUUGAUUGUUAAAACUGUUGUGCCUAUGAGCUGGGCUAUUUUGUAACAAUUUUGAAAAGAGAGGUUAAAUGAGGAAGGAAAGAUUUCUUUUAGCAAUUUUUAAAAAAUGGACUUCAAUUCAGGCCAUUUACCUUUCUCUCCAUGACACCUAUUGUGGUUCUGGAGAUUGCAACAUAAGCUUUUUCUUUAUAACCAUAAAGAAACUUGCAAGGAAAACAGAUAAUCUCUUCAGAAGGUAAACACACUUGUUUCCUGCCUUAGAAAAAGACUUUCCCCGUAUUUAUAAAAUCUCGCUGGCCUGAGAUUGUAUCAUGUCAUCAGACAAAUUAGAUGGACACAAGACAACAUGUUGUUAUUUUUGUUUUUUUUUAACUCAGGCCACUGUCUGAACAUAAUAACAACAAUUCCAUACUGUAUAUUUUGAGUACAUAGAAUCACGUAUUCUAUUCUAGGGAUGGGAAAUAAGUGAAUGCAAAUAGGCAUUGUUAGUGGCUUCUAGUAAAUAAACCAAAUUGAAAGGUAAAAUAGAUCAACAAUUUGUGUUUUCAUUAUAGAUAUUUUGUAUACACAACCAUAAAUCUGAUAAAAAUUUGUGAAUUCAGGUAAAGGCAAAAAUGUGUCACUGUUGUCAAAUGAACCUGGGCCAAGAUUUUUUCAAAGAUGAUUAAGGCCCAAAUCUUCAAAAGUUCCUCCUUCUGUUGAUUUUAAUGGAAACAGUUCUGCUCAUGGUGAGUACGCUGCACAGAAAGCCCACUGAGGUCAGUGACCGGGUUGUUUGACCUACGCUGUGUUCUGUUUGUGAACUAAACAGUGCAAUUUGGCCCUCAGGAGCUAGAAGUGAAACAGCCCAUAAAGCAGCAAAGAGUCCUGUGGCACCUUAUAGACUAACAGACGUUUUGGAGCAUGAGCUUGUAGGUUUGAUUUCUGUGAACUCUAACCUACCAGGGGACUCUUUCCACAGCCAUCCCUCCCUCCAGCCUCUUUUUUGCCUUUCAACAAGCCUUGGAUUUUCUGCUUUUUAGUUUAAUGUAUUUGCAGAGGGGUGUCUCAAUGAUGGCAAUGAAAUAGGGUUGACUAGAUGGAGAAGGAUUUCACAAACCUCCCAGCUGGGUGAACAAUCACAGUCCUUGUUUAUGGAGAUUUAUGGAGCAUGAAUGCAGGCAAAACUCAAACAACCAAGGCUCAUUUUGAGUACUUCUGAAGCAUGAUUUGAAAUUUUGCAUAUUUGUAGUCAGCAGGAAUGUAGUGUGUGGUGAAAAUGGUACAAGAUGAGCUGACCUGGACCAGUUUGUGUCGGAUAUCUUAUGCACAAGAGAAAGGGACUGUUGAUGCAGGGAUCCUCCCUCUUCUUGCAUCUGGCCAUUAGGGGCUGGCCACAAUUGCAGUACUUGCUCAUUCACACAGAACAAGGGUUCCAGGUUAGUCAUACUAGCCAUUCCCACAGGGGCAGAGUUAUGUGGGUCUUCAAUAUUUUGCAGUCCCUAUGCACAGUGCUUAUUUUCACACUUCCAUUGUAAUCAUUUGUGGAUUUGCAUUCCUUCCUGUUUUACCCCAUUCAUUGAAAAGUGCGAUGGUAAAGUAAUAUUUCAUAUUCUUGGCAUGGUAUUUAAAGUGGAUAAGCAAACAGUUAUGCCUCUGAGAUUGUAUAAUGCCAUGGAUUCAUUGUCCCCCUGUGAAUGAAAUGUAAUAUUUAUUGCAUCAUUUAUAAUGUAUGUAACCUUUACAAGCUGGAUGCUGUGUCAGAAUGACAUGAAUGCUUGGGUGACUAUCUCCUUGAAUCAGCAUCAUUUUGGCACACUCGGGGCAAAAGUACUUGUGCAAAGUGUUCAAACAUCCCAAAAUGUGUUGUUGUUUAGAGUCUUGUGAUUAGGGCUUAAAUCUAAUCCUUUCCAAUGUAGCAAAUAUUUGCUGAUGGCUAAAACUAUUACAAGGACUAAAGUAUAACCUUCCUUUGCCUGGCAAUAACAUAUGUUCUGUUCUUUCAGUAUAAUCUGUUUUAUUUUCGAGUAGUGUGCAGUGCUGAUUUAAAGAAUGUCUACCUUCAAGAUGGCUACGGUGACUGUGCCCAACCAGUGUCUAGACGACUCAAUGUAGCAAAGAGUUCUUUGUGAUAGAACUUAUUGAGCAACCGUAUUUUGUUGUCUUUUUUCUAGUCACCUUUUACAAAACAUACCAUAAGCAUUUCUUGUGAUUUUUAGCGAAGUCUCAUUUGUAAUAUUUGAUAAAGGACCUAGAUUUUAUAGGACUCCAGGCCUUUUUUUCAUUGUUUGAGUCAUAACAAACAUGAUCAGAAGGAACAAGUUCAUUGUUUUGUUUAACUUUGA